GCACCUCCCCUGCCGCAUACUUGUGACUCCUGGUCGCCAUUUUGAAUCAGUCGGACGACGCUGAGGUUAGCAGCAAGAAGCAACAAUCGACUCUCGAUCUGAACCAAACUUGGGAAAACCAAGACAAUGAGUGGCAGUCGGGUCUUCAUCGGCCGCCUGAGCCCCCACGCCAGAGAAAGAGACGUGGAGAAGUUUUUCAAGGGCUUUGGACGGAUCCGUGAAAUCAACUUGAAGAACGGAUUUGGCUUCGUGGAGUUUGAUGACCACCGGGAUGCGGAUGACGCUGUGUACGAGUUGAAUGGCAAAGAAUUGUGUAGUGAGAGGGUUACCAUCGAGCACGCUCGCUCCAGGAGAGGAAGGGGAGGCGGAGGAGGAGGCGGCGGCGGAGGAGGCGGCGGCGGCGGCAGCUCUGGAAUGGGCCGCUUUAGUGGCUAUCGUCAAUCUCGCAGCAGUGGUUCCAGGUAUGGGCCUCCGGUGCGCACGGACCACAGGCUGAUUGUUGAAAACCUGUCUUCCCGCAUCAGCUGGCAGGACCUGAAAGACCUGAUGAGAAAAGCUGGCGAGGUGACCUUUGUUGACGCUCACAGACCCACCAAAAACGAAGGGGUUGUCGAGUUUGCAUCCCGGAGCGAUAUGAAGAACGCCAUCGCCAAGCUGGACGGAACCGAGCUCAACGGACGCAAGAUCAAGAUCUUUGAGGACAGCAGAGGCCGCAGCAGGAGCAGGUCUCGCUCCCGCUCCCGCUCCCGCAGCUACUCCCGCAGCCGUUCCCGGAGCCGGAACCGCUCCCGGAGCCGCAGCCGUUCCCGGACACCCAGUCGCACCCCGGAGAAGAAGGUGUCGUCGGGCGGGGGCAAAGCAGGCGACAGGUCUCCCUCCCGCUCCAAAUCCAGGUCCAAAUCCCGUUCCAGGUCCAAAUCCCACUCCCGGUCUCACUCCCGCUCGCCGGCCCCCGUGCAGAACAACCAGUCCCGCUCUCGAUCCCGCUCCCGAUCCCGCUCACCCUCCGCUGAGAGCAAACACUGAGAUGGAAUGUCUUUCUGUCGCUGUCUCUCUCUCGUUCCGCCAUGUCGUCGUCUGACACUCCACGGCGGAGCUUCCUGUCAAACCCGUUCUUUUAAUCUUUUUAUUUUUCUAAGUCUUAGUUUGGAUGUUUUGCCGCAUGAAAGUUCAGAUCUUUUUUUGUGUCCUUGAAGCUUCCAAAUUCACAAGUCUAUCAUUAUGGCAUCAGAGUGGACCCGCCGGUCCGUACCUUGAUCCCGGUUCGGUUACUUCCGGGCUGUUUGUGUUGGCGCCGCCCAAUUGAUUAGGCUGAAGCUCCCAGCAUGCCUUGUGCUGCAUUCACUGCCCCCCACCCCCUCCAUGUUAGAGCAAGAUUUGUGAUGUUUUUUGUCCAUUUCAGCAGCUGAUUGUCAUUAAACGCUCACUGCAAACCUGUUUCUUGUGACAUGUAAUGAAAUGUGACUUAUUUUCAAUAAAAGUUGAAAGGACGGUGAA